GUUUCGCUGAAUGGUGCUGAAUGAGAAUCUGAGUUUGGCAGAAAAGAAAGUAAACGAACUUCUUUAAAAGUGAUGGCAAACUACAUUAUUGCAGGACCAGCUCCUUCCAAGGAAAUUGGCCCAAAGAAAAAAAUGACUUUUCCUUGGAAUCACAAACUUGUGGUCAAAGAAGACAGAGCAAGAAGGGUCACUCCAUCGGUGUAUACCCAAGAGAUGUUGCAAACCACAGAGGAGCGCCUGGCCAGUACUCAGGAGAUGCAGCCGCCCCGAAUCCUGGAGCUGCUGGACAUGGGCGAUCAUGAAUUAUCCUCGGUGGACUUGGAGCGGGCUCUUUUCCAGCCAUACCCAUCUGAAGUGGUCUUCCAGAACUUUGCCCCAACGCAGACCUACAAGCUGCCCCUACUCCUCCGCAACAUUGACAAGGCCUCACGCCACGUGAAGCUGCUGAUGGAGGCCUCCCAGUGUUUCUCUGUGGUCAGCCCAGAAGAGGGCUGCUCCAAGGUGGCCCCAGGGAUGACUACUGCCUUCAGCGUUCGCUUCACACCACAAGAGAACAAGGACUACCACCUCAAGCUGGUGUUUGUGACAGACAGAGAGACGUUUGAGGUCCCCGUUCGGGCCAUCGGGCCCCGGGCCAUCCUGGACUUCCGGGAUGAACUGCAGAUGCCCGUCUGCCUAGUGAAGGGCUCCACACAAAAGACCCAGCUGGUCCGCAACAUAGGAAACGCUGAGGCCAAGUUCCACCUGCACACACACAGCCCCUUCUCAGUGGAGCCGUCUGUUGGGACUCUGGGUCCAGGGGAGAGCGUGCAGGUGACUGUCGACUUCUCCCCCAGCACCACGGGAAACCACAGAGAGGACCUGCUGCUGCACUACCAUACUGGUGAGGAGGUCUCCAUCGGCCUGCACGGCGUGUCAGAGGAGUUGGACGUGUGUCUGAAGCCUGACUCGGUGGUGCUGGAGAACACCUUCAUCUCCCUGUGCAGUGUGCGCACCGUCUCCCUGGCUAACCCGGGCAAUGCCCCUCUGCGCUUCUGCUGGAAGAGUUGGCCCAGCCAGCACGACGAGGACGUGGACACCAUGAGAGAGUGCUCCGAGCUGUGGCAACAGGAAGAGAUGGAGAUGCAGCGCUUCCUGUUGGAGUGCGAGUCCAACCCAGUGGAGAUCCACCGUCUGCCCAUACUGUCCCGCUCGUACCGGGACCGCCCCGCCGCCAAGGACCCCCUCGCCACCUCUUCACCAGGCUGCAUAGCCAUCGAACCUGUGGAGGGAGAGAUCUAUCCCAACACGACGGUUCAGUUCACCAUCGUCUUCAAGCCUCUGGAGGCUACAGUCCACCAUCACACGCUUUACUGUGACGUGACAGGCCAAAAAUCCCGCUUACCCCUGACCAUCCGAGGAGAGGGCAUGGGGCCCAAGCUGCGCUUCAGCUACAACGUGAUGGACAUGGAGAACGUGGUCAUCGGGGACAUGGACCACUAUGAGGUGCUGGUGUCAAACAAAGGGCUGAUUGAUGCCCCCUUCAAGCUGUGCUGCCCAGACACCACCUUCGGGAGCUGCUUCUCCAUCAGCCCUGAGGAGGGGGUUCUCGCGCCGGGGGCCAGCCAGGUGCUGCAGGUCAGCUUCUCCAGCCGCACCCUUGGAGCCUUCUGCGAGGACCUGAUGCUCAGGGUCGAAGGACAGCCUCAGCCCCCGAGCUUGACCUUCAGAGGUCGUGUGAUUGGCCCCACCUUCCACUUCGACGUCACUGAGCUCAACUUGGGAGAUGUGGCCUUUGGCUUCCCUCAGACGUUGAGCUGCACCCUCUUCAACACCUCCCUGGUUCCCCUGACGUAUGCCCUGCGUGUCCCGGGGGACGGCGCGGGCCCCCCCAGCGGGACCAGCAGCCAGCAGGUGACCCAGCUGACCAGGGUCCACUGGCGUAGCGCCGCGGCCCUGGAUCCCCACGCACGGCCGACCGAGUUCAGCCUCAGGCCGGCCGCGGGCACCAUCCGGGCCAUGUCCGACGUGUUUGUUGAGGUGACACUGUGCUCAAACACUGUGAAGAGGUACCAGGUAGCACUGGUGGUCGAUGUUGAAGGAGUAGGAGAGGAGAUCGUGACUAUUCCCAUUACUGCCAGAUGCUUGGUACCAGAGGUGAUGGUGGAGACCCCGCUCUUGGACUUUGACCAGUGUUUCCUGGGCCAUCCAUACACACACCACGCACGGCUGGCAAACACCAGCCACCUGCCUGCCUGUUACGGGCUGCUGGACCAGGAACACAAGGAGAGUCCAUCCAUGCUGUGGGGCAGUUCUGUUCCCAGGGGCCUUAUCCCUGCUGGAACCUCAGUGGAGGUGCCCCUGUUCCUGUUGGCCAAGGCCAUUGGCAGGCAGCACGGCACUGCACGCAUAGCUGUGUGGGGCAGUAAUCAUCGGUCCCUGGAGGUGCGCUUAACAUGUGUGGGCAAGGGUCCAGCCGUGCACACUCAGCCUCCGAAGGUGGACUUUGGCGAAGUCCAGGUUUUAACGGACGUAACCAGAAAACUGCAGCUGAUAAACCAGUCGCCAAUCCCAGCUCACUUCUCUGCACAUAUGGUGGGGGACGUGUCCCCGUGGCGUGUGGAGCCCCGGGAGGGAGAGCUGGCCCCCGAAGGCCAGCUGGAGCUCAGGGUGGUGGUACACCUAAGGGACACGCUUCCCUUCCAGGGAAGGCUGCAGGUGUGCAUCCAAGACAGCCAGACCUACGACAUCCCUCUGUCCUGCACGGGCGUGGGCUCCACCAUCGUCAGCGACCGGCCCCUAUACCCCAGGCUUGAUCUUGGAACUCACUUCAGUCAAGGGGUCUGCGAGUAUCCCUUCAGGCUGACCAACCGUGGCCAGCGGCUGCAUCGGAUGCACUGGGCUUCCCCGCUCUUCCCUCCUCGUGCCUACAAAAGAACGGCCAGGGACGAAAACGCCCUGCCACCCAUCACCACCGGCAAGACAGGCAGCGGGUCUCGCCUCUCUUCCCCCAAGGAGAAGCCUGUGUUCAGCCUCAGCCCCUGCCGCCUGGAGCUCUUCCCAGGCCAAUCCGCUGACGUGGUUCUGACCGGAUCGUCUGACACCCCUAGGACGGUGUGUGAGCGCCUGGCAUGUUUCGCCAUGCUGGGUCGGGAGGUCUGCUACGAGCGCAUCAUGACUGUAGACAUCACAUGCUGCUUCGUGGCCCCUAUACUCUGCUUCUCCUCCAAGCAGCUCACCUUUCAUUCCAAGAAGGAGUCAGGGCAGAGCCUCGUAGCACUAUACAAGAGGCUUGUGCUGAAGAAUAUCUCCCCUCUGGCCCUCUCCCUGGAGCUCAGUCUUCCGGAGCCCUUCUCUCUGUGUGACGGCCAGGGAGACCUCACUGUUGCUACCAACAAGGCCAUGCUGUUGGAUAGUGGUGCGGAGAGGGAUGUGUGGGUCUGCUUCAACCCAGUGCUCCACUGCCAGGACAGACAGUCCCUAGUACACGACGAGUUCCUCCUGGUGCUCUACCGGGACCACCCCCAGCGGGACAUGGUGGCGCUGCAGGCCGAGGUCCACUUCCCCAACCUCAGCCUCUCCGCCUCCAGCCUGGACUUUGGCUGUGUGCUGAACCAGACCCACAGCCAGCGACAGCUCACCGUCACCAACUGCUCCUCCCUGGCCGUGAGCUACUGCUGGAGGUUCCUGGAGGAGCACAGCCCCCCAGCUAUAAGCAGUGAAGGGGAUAGGAGCUGCCAUCUUGGUGUAAAAGAGGUGUUCAAUGUGACCCCUCUCACCGGGAAACUGGCCCCGGCGGAGAGCCAGCAGGUGUCCAUCACCUUCCAUGGCCGCGCCUUCGUCAGGUGCCAGGUGGUGGUGCAGUGUUGGGUGGAGGAGGGGCCCGUGUACAGCGUGACCCUCCAAGGAGAAGCCUCGGAUAUCUGCUACAACUUGAGCUCCACCCACCUGGACUUAGGCCUGCAGCUGUUCCAGCAGGUGGCCGAGACCCAGGUGCUCCUGGCCAACAGCGGCCAGGUGGGCUUUGAGUUCAGCGUGCUGCUGGAUCAUCAGGGGGCGGAGCCCAGGAGGAGGGAGGCGGGGGAGGAGGAGGUGGAGGAGGGGGCUGACGCAGGAGAAGGAGACAGGAGGGUGGAGGGACUACGCCAGGACCAGAGUGGGGAGCUGUGGGUGGAGAGUGACGGGCAGCAGGGGGCCGGGGGGCCGGACUGGAAGGUGUUGCCCGGCCAGCCCCUGGUGUUCCCUACUAAAGGCUACGUGGAGGCCGGAACGGAGUGGCGUCUGUGUGUGCUCUACCUACCGGGGGUCCCUGAUGUGUUCCAGAAGAGCUUCCAGCUUCAGGUGGACCACCUGCCCCCAGAGACCAUCACCCUGAGCGGGGAGGGGGUCUUCCCCAGGAUCAGCCUGGAUCUCCCCCGGCACUUAUCCGAUGAGAGCUGUGGCCAGGUGAUGCAGGAGGCCAGAGAGGCUGUAGGAGUGGCGAACUCAACCCCACUCACCCCUACCCACGCUGGGGCAGGGAGUCAAGACAACCAGCACUGCGCCCACGCUUGUGAGGAGCUGGUGAGCAUGGAGCUGGAGAGGAGGCUGCUCAGGGACAACGCGCUGGCUGUGGCCAGCGGCCUGAUGGCCCUCCACCGCCAUGGAUGCUCUGCCGACGAGUGGCACCGGCUCAGCAGGUUCCUGAUAGCAGAGUAUGUGCUGGACCUUGGCUUCGUGGUCCAUGGUCAGAUUUUGAGCCGGGACGUGAGGAUCACCAACACCGGGCCGGUCUCUGUGUCCUUUUCGGCCAACCACAAGCCUCUUGUGGGAACAGGUUUCAGUGCUGAGUUUGAGAAGGUGAAGAACUUCCGAUGCAGUGAGACACAGACAUUUACGGUGACCUUUGACCCCCAGAGGUCAAAAAUGGGUGAAAUCCGUGUCACCAUGCCAAUAAAGGUGGUAGGCGGGCCGUCGGUGCAGGUGCAGCUUUGUGCUGUGGUGUGCAUGCCGUCCCUCACUGUGUCCAAUGAAGAGCUGCUCUUCGACUGCGUGCAGUGUGGCAUGUGUCAGGUGAUCACCAUACAGCUGUUCAACCAUGAGAAUGUACCGUGCAGCUGGAGCAUGGCCGAGGCAGCCAGGCCUCGCAAGAAGAUCGACAAGUUCAUGCCACUCCACCUGCGUCGGAAGGCCCUGCAGGAGCAGAGUCCUCCUCCACCAGCGGUGUUUGAGGUGGAGCCCUCCUCUGGCCUGCUCCACCCUGGAACCUGGCUCAACCUCCAGGUCAGGUUCAUCCCAGCCCAGGAGUGCGAGUACCGCCGACAGCUCGUAUUAAGCGUGUCCGGCAGCACGCAGCGGCAGGUGGUGUGGGUCCAGGGACAGGGCCAGGAGCCCCGGCUGGCGUUCAGCCCCUCGGCCCUGCAGCUGGGGCCCUGCAUGCCCUGCGGCGCUGGGGCCAUGGCCGAGGUCAGGGUGAGAAACCCCUGCUCCUUCCCCCUGGAGUUCUACUCCCUGGAGCUGGACCCGCAGUACCGUAAGGAGGACCAGAUCCUGCGUCUGAUGUGGGAAGGAUAUGGCGAUGGCCGGUCGAUGCUGCUGCCUCCCCGCUGGGCUGGAGAAGCCCUGCCCCAGGAGCUGCAGGAUCACUACGCCGAGCUCUGCUCCUCCCCCACCCCACUCCCCGACGAGGUGGUCAGAGAAGGAAGCGAGAGGAGUCAGGGGGUGCCGGAGAUGUCUCCUCUCUCCAGGGCGAUUGCCCGCCAUGUGGGCGUUGACCUGUCCCCCGAGGCCGUGGCUGCGCGAAACCGACGGGGCAUAGCCGUCAUCGUCCACGGUGCGCCGCAGACAGGUAAGAGCAGCGUGGCCGCCUCCCUGGCCCGUCACUACGGAGGGGCGUGUCUCACGCUGGAGGGCGUGGUCACUGAGGCGCUGACCACAGGCUCCUCCCCCGCCAGCCUGGCCGCGCGGCAGCUCUACAACCAAGCCGCCGCCAUGCAUGCCCAGAAGAGGGGAGAGGAGGCCGGCCAGGCUGGUCAGGUUCCCCCCGGAGAAGCUCCCAGUGCUCCCACUGCUCCCACUGCGGAAGCUGGUGGUCUCAGUGUAGAGUCUGUGGCCCAACACAACGAGGGUCUCAGCCCCAGUUGGGACUCUGUGGCCCCCAAGAGGACCCAAGGCUCUCUGGACACCAACUCUGUUUCCAAGGCUGGGGGCAGCCAGGUCGCUGAGGUGAUCAGCCAGGUGGGAGAUGUGGACACGCUGAGGGCUCUUCUCCCCCAUCAGCUGCUGGUUGAUCUCCUGGCAGAGAGACUGCAGCUGAGAGACUGCUAUCGAGGGGUUGUGAUUGACGGCCUGGAGUGUGUCUACACCCCGUCAGUGGCCAGCGCUCUGCAGGUGGCCCUGGCCUCCAUCAACAACCGGCAGCACAUCUACCUGGUCGACCUGUGUGACCCCGCCAGUCCGGCCCAGGUGCUCUCCACAGAGGCCCUUCUGAAGGAGCUGCCGGUGGAGGAGCGGUCGGCUCCGCAGGGCGAGGCCAGGGAGGAGUGCAGCUCUCUGCUGGAGGAGGAGACGGAGCAGGAGGGAGCCAGAAGGAGCCGCCAGCGCAAGCAGAGGUCUGACCAUCAGAAGCAGUCGUGUGAGGAGGAGCUGGAGAAAAAGAAGAAGAAGGCAGGCAAGAAGGAGGUGUCGGGAAAGAAGAGUCAGCUGGGAAGGAAGUCCACCCCGUCUCUGGACAACAACAUACAGUCCAUUUGCAGCAACUGUAAAGACACACCAACAGAGGCCAGUGAGCCAGGGCCUUUCGUCCCGGUUUCUGGGGUCGAGGCAGAGCAACAAGUGCCCAGUAAGACUGAGCUCCAGCUGCUGUCACGGCUCCACUCCUACCAGCAGAGCCGGCUCCAAGUCAGCCACGUCCUCCAGCACUGGGACCGCCUCCUGGGGCUGCUCCAGGUCCCGCUCUGCUGCGCUGAUGCCCCAGCAGAACCAGAGGAGACCCCCCCCGACAAACAGAGGAAGACCAGGAGGGAGCGAGAGAAGGAGAAGGGGGAUAAGGAGCGAGGGAGGCUGGAGAAGGAGCGCCAGAUGGCCGACGCCCAGCCGCCGGCCCCGGGGCCCGGCCAGGCGGUCGAGGAGCCCCGGUCAAUCAUCGCCGUCCCUCACCUCACGCUGAGUGCGGGCGGGGGCCCUUCUGGCCCCCAGGAGCUGGUGAACAGCGGCGCACUGCCUCCGGUGGGGGAGGUGCUGGACGGGAUGGGCCUGGGCCCCAGCGGCCCUCCGAUCCCUCCCCCCGUCACCUACUCUGUGGUGUCCCUCCCCAGCGGGAGCCCAGAGGGCGAGGGCUUUAUGCUCUCCGACUGCUUCUCCCUCCUGGACCCUUCGUACCCCGGCGAUUUUGUCGCAAAGGACAAUGAAGAAGAUGCCGUUGAGUCACUGCCCCCGAAGGAGGAAGUGAUAGCACCCGUGAAAGGGCGUGGCAGGAAGGCAGGCCCCUUGACGAAGGAGAAGGAGAAGGAGAAGGAGAGGAAGGACAGUGAGAGCCAGCAGGAGCAGAGGAGGAGGUCGGCGACUAAAAGAGGGGCGAAGGGCUCGGACACGUCCCGCUCCCCGCCGCACCCCUCUGUCACGCCCUCUGACCUCAGCGGGGCGGGGCAGCCCAGCUCAGAGCCGCCGCUGGAGCCCAGACCCAAGUCCACUACAUUCCGUUGGGUGGUACCAGCUCAUGGUGAGGUGGUGCUGAGGCUGGGCUUCCAGUCCGAGGUGCCGGGGACCUUUGAGCAGACCAUGCACUUUGAACUGCUGGGCACCCGGCAACGCUACCCCCUCCCUUGCAGAGGGACCUGCAGCUUCCCCUCCAUCUCCAAAGAGCCAGGAACCAUCUUUGCCCUGACGAAGCAGACCCCCCGGGAAAAGGAGGGCCUGCAGAAGACAUACGUGCUCAAACCGGGCUUCUAUGAGUUUGGACCGCUGCUCUGUGGCAAAACCAGAGACCUAUACAAAGAGAGGAAAUACCCAGAGAACACAGAGAGGCUGGUGAUCCAAAACACAAAUGAUCUAGAGGCGGAGGUCCACUUCUGCUUCCAACACGACACCAAGGCCACCACCUUCAUACUUGACCCCCCAGUCAUGAUGCUCCAGCCCAACCAGGCACAGGAGCUGUCCAUCUGGGCCUACCCCAUCAGUGUGGGUCGCUUCGAGGACAGCGUGGUGUGCUGCGUCAAGGACAACCCAGAGCCCGUCCUCAUCGCCAUCUCCUGCUGGGGGGCCCGUCCCGAACUGGAGCUGGACCGCAAACACCUCAACUUUGACAGGAUCCUGCUCCACAGGGAGGACAGCCGUAGUGUGACGCUGAGCAACAACAUGGCACUGCCCGCCGCCUGGAGGCUGAAGGGCCUGGACGACCUGGGGGAGGAGUUCAGCGUGUCCCAGGUGGAGGGCGUGAUCCCUGCCCGGGACUCCUUCUGCCUGCAGGUCCGCUUCAAGGCCAUCAAGCCCCUUCACUUCAGGAAGACCCUGCGCCUGGAGGUGUCCGAUGUGGACAACAUCUUAGGAGUGGCGCAAACCGAGCACCUGCACAUCGGCACCGAGGCAUACGACGUUCACCUGGACAUUAUCACUCCUAAUGGGAAUGACGGCUGUCUGGACUUUGGAGCCGUCAGGGUGUUUAAGGAGGUGAACCGGUGCAUCACCUUGAAGAAUAAGGGGAAGUACGAGCUGGCCUACAAGUUCACGCUGGAGCGCACGGACCCCUCCCAGCCCGACCCGUCCACUGUGUUCAGCGUGUCCCCAGCGCAGGGCAGCCUGCUGCCCACCGAGAGGCCCACCGCAGUGCACAUCCUCUUUAACCACGACAAGGAAGUGUGCAUUGAGGAAGAGCCUCUCCUGCAAUGCCAGGUUAUUGAGCCUUCUAUCGGUAUAGGCGGCGAAGUCAUAGCAAUCAUUCCCAUCAAAGUGUCGAUCCGGGCGUCUUUUAGCAGGUACAAAGUCACACCUGCCAGUGAAAUCAACUUUGGCCCGCUGGUCUUCGGCAGCAGAAGCAGCCAGAGCUUCACCAUCGAGAACACUGGGGAGUUUGAGGCCCGCUUCACCAUCGGCCGCAUGAGCAACGGCCUGCAGCCCGUCCCACCUGGAAGGACUGAGGCUCCAGGCGUCAGGACCUCUUGUGAGAGCCAGCUAGCGAAGCCCCAGGCUCCUGCCAGAAAAGUGAAGCGCUCCGACUCCGUUGUGCGUGAUGUGGGCGUUAUGCAGAGCCGCUGGACCUUUGGGCUGUUCACCGUGUGCCCCUGUGCCGGGCUCCUUCAGCCCGGGGGGCAGCAGCAGGUGUUGGUGGACUGCGGGGCGGACCAGCUGGGGACCUGGUCCGAGUAUAUGGCCAUAGACUUCAGCGACCGGGACCCCUCGGGCCACCCCGAGGGCACCCCCUUCAUGCUGGCGGUGGAUGUGGCUGUGCCAGGACUCGGGCAGGACAUGAACUCCAUCUUCGAGGAGCACCGGCUGUGUCCCAGUGCCGGCCAGCUGCGGUCGGAGCCGUUCGCCAGCGCGCCGGGCGUGUACGUGGUGGAGGACAACACGUUCGUCUUCCACAACGUGGUGGCGGCCGGCGGCGGCGUCCGGGCCCGCUUCAGGCUCACCAACACCGGCCUGGUGCCCUGCCAGCUGCUGCUGGCCAUCAAACAGGGUACCACCAAGGUGUUUGACGUAUCUCCUAUGAGACUGUACGUCCCCAGCCAGUCGCACUGCUUUGCAGAGGUCACCUUCAACCCUCACACCAUCCGGCAGCAUAGGGCUGUGUUCGAGGCUGUGCUGGAGGGAGGCAUCAGUAUGAUUUCGAUGGUGAAGAGCAAACUUCUGCAGUUCAACCUGUUAGGAGAGGGCAACCUGCCCAGUGUGUUUGUGACCCGGCCGGCCCUGCGGGACAGCCAGGGAAACCCCGUUCUACAGUUCGGCCGGCUGUUGGCCGGGCGGCAGCACGCGCUCCCCUUGGUGCUGAGGAACGAUGGCAUCAUGGGGGCUCAGGUCCACAUCGACAUGCUGGAUAAACAAAGAGUGUUCACCAUCAAGCCAGCCCCUGACAACACCAUCAGCAGUAUCACAUGCUCACCACUAGAGAGCACUGCUGACCCAGAGCCCCCGCUCUGCCACAGGGCCUCCCUCAGGCUGGCCCCGGGCCAGUCGGCAGGGUUUGAGGUCGGCUUUCACCCGGAGCAGCCACUCAGCGCCAGGGCCCGCAUAGAGGUGCUGGUCCAGGACAACCAGUACAACCGCAUCAUGGUGAACCUGACCGGAGAGGCCUACCGAGACAUCAUCACCCUGGACAACCUGCGCAGGACGGCCCCGGAGGACGGGGACCUGGAGGAGGGCGAGUACGAGGCACUUGACCUGGGGCACUGCCAGGUGGGCCGUCCCUACAGAGAGCACUUCACCAUGACCAAUCACAGCACCAGCACGGCCCUGAGGUUCGAGUGGCCCGCCCCCACGCCCCACAUCACCUUCUCUCCACAGGCAGGCCACCUCCACGCCGGCUGCUCUAAGGAGGUCAGCCUGGCCUUCUGCUCCCCUCUGCCGGUGACCCUGGCAGCCCAGGGCUCUGUAGUGAGGCUGUGCUCGGUGGAGUUUGACCGGCCCACCGAGGAGGUGGUUGACUGGGACGACCGGAAACGCACGGCCCAUCUGCCCCUGGUUCCCUCUGGUGGUCCCCAGCAGCCCGCCAACAACCAGUCGGAGCCUGAGCCCCCCUGCUCUGUGGUGGAGGGCUCCCAGCGGGAGCUGGAGCUGAGGGUCAGCGCCGUGUGUGACUACGCCAUGUUCCUCUGCGACGGGGAAGCGGUCCGCUUCAAAGACACCAUGCUCUACCAGACCAGGGUCUCCCAACUGACGAUCAGGAACCAGGGGGUGGUCCAGCUGGAGUAUUCAUGGAAGGUCGUCAUGGACCCAUACGACAGCGCUGAAAGAGCCGCUGUGAGUCCCAGCUCCCGGCCUGGGAGCCCCGGGGGGGCGGCACCUUCCACAGCCCGGCCCUCAAGCGCCCUGGCCGGCUUCACGUGUCUCCUGGGGGACCCGAAGCUCCCCCCCUUCACCGUGGAGCCCCACGUGGGGAGUGUGGGCCCCGGGGCCUCCCAGACCUUCAGCGUCCACUUCUGCCCUCUGGCGGUGGCCAGCUACUCAGGAAGGCUGGUCUGCAGCAUCCCCAACCUGCAGGAGGGGGUCCUUGCCCCCAGCUUGCCGGUGUUGGGCCGCUGCCUGCUGCCCCACGUCCACUUCCAGCUCGUUCAAUCAGAUUACAUCAGUGGGCAGCACGCCCCCUGGGACCCCCACACCAGGGUCGUAGAGUUCCACUCCGUCGGCCUGUCCGUGUCCACCACCAGGAAAUUUGCGGUGGUGAAUCCCACCAGUCAGCCCUACUCCUUCCAGUGGGUGUGUAAAGACACGGAGCCAUGCCCCUUCCGCUGUCUGACCCCCAGUGGCAGCAUCCCGCCUGGGAAGAGAGUAGAGGUGUGUUGGGAGUACGUGUCGGAGCAGCUCGGCCUGGUGGAGUCAUGGUGGGAUUUCCUGGUGGAGGCGCUGGGCCUCUCCGUUCCCCUCCUGCUGGCGGGCUCCACCAGGGAACCACAGGUGUACCUGGACACAGCCCACCUGGACCUGGGGGACAUCCUCGUAGGGCGGCGGGUUGAAAACACCGUGCAUCUGGUGAACUUUGAGGAGUGCGUGCUCCACUUCUCUGUGCUGCAGUCGUCCCUCAACUCCGAAGACCACCUGCACAGUCUCACCGUGCAGCCCACCACUGGCACCGUGGGGCCCGGGGACAGACUGCCGCUGUCAUUGUGUGUGGUGGCCGCAGGGGAGGGCUGCUUGAGGUUCAGACCCGUGCUGAGGGUGAGGGGCAAGACGCAGCCGCUGACCCUCAGCAUCAAGGCCGACGGCUACGCCAUGGGCGCCCGGCUGAAGCUCCGGAGCCCGGCAGGGAAGGAGAGGGAGGUCCAAGCAGGGGAGCAACCCCACCUGCUCCACUUUAGAGAGGUGGACCUGAGGGACACAUCUAGCUUCACCUUCCUGCUGUACAACAUUGGGAGGUUUAGUAUGUGUGUGACCUUUGAACUGGAAGGUCCCCCAGAGCUGCUGCAGCACUUGGAGGCGAAGCCCGGUCAGGAGGCCGUCGUGGAGGUCAGCCAACAGCUGAAUGCCACGCUCUGCUUCCGUCCACAGAGAAAAUGCUCCCUCCAAGGAGUCCGGCUCCACGCCAAGGUGAGGCACGGCCCGACGUUCACCUUUGCGGUGAGUGGCAAUGGCGCGCCCUCCAGCCUCCACUUCUCAUUCACCCAACACAACUUUGGCAAAUGCUUCGUCCACGCGGCGGGCAUUGCGCCGGCCUGCCAGACCCUUCUCAUCAGCAACACCAAAAACAGGCCUAUCAGUGUCCAGUGCCUGUUCGCCAACACCCCCCACCUGGAGCUGGACUUCAAAGCAGAGACGCUUCCGUCGGGGGGCACUGCCGAGGCGAGGCUCACCUUCCUCCCACGAGAGGCGCGGCGCUACCAGGACAAGCUCACCUUCGUGGUGGGCCAGGGUACCAAACAAGUGGUGGAGAUCCGGGGCCAGGGCAUGGAGGUCAAGCUGGAGGUGGAGGACCCCAACCAGGAGAAGGUGGACCUGGGGUCGGUGCCGCCGGGCCAACGGGUGAAGAGGCAGGUUUGGGUGGUCAACCGCACCCCCUCCGACCUGACCUUCUCCAUGCAGUUCAACACACAGCCCCCGCUGGACCCCAGGGUGCUGUCCGUGUCCCCUGCGGGUGAGGUCACCCUCAAGGCUCUGGUUGGCCGCUGUGUGGUGGAGCUCCUCUGGGCGCCCCGCAAGCGGGCGGCCCCCUUCACGGCCCAGCUGCGGGCAGAGUGCAUGGGCACGCAGCACACCCUGCUGACCGCGCGGGGCCGCUGCCAGUGUGUGGAGGUGCGGCUGGACCCAGACUACCUGGCCUUCGGGGCGGUGAUGCAGCGCUGCAUGUUGGCCAAGAGGCUGGUCCUGAGAAACCACGGAGACAUCGGGGCGGGGUUCAGAUGGGAGACAGAGUGCUUUUCUCCAGAGCUCUCCAUCAAGCCAGAUGCAGGCUACAUCAGCCCAGGCUCAGAGCUCCCCUUUGACCUUACCUUUGCCCCCGUGGAGCUCAGCAACCCCAAGACAUAUGCACAUCUGACGUGCUCCGUAGAGGGCUCUCCUGCUCCAGUGACCCUCACCGUCGCCGGCGCCUGUAUUCCCCCCGCCGUCGCCAAAGAGGUGUUGUCCUUCUGCUGCCCGGUGCGCGGCUCCCGCACCCAGAACCUGUUGGUGUCCAACCCCAGUGCCCAGCGCUGGAGCCUGCAGCCCAGCGUGGAGGGGGAGCACUGGAGCGCCGCGCCCGUCCUCCUCCUGGAGCCGCUGGAGACCAAGAGCUACCCCAUCACCUACGCCCCGCGGACCAUGGCCGCCCCGGGCACCAAGCAUGUGGGUUCUGUGUUCAUUUGUUUCCCUGAUGGAUCUGGGCAGCUCUACUCUCUGCAAGGAUCCGCCGAGCCCCCUAAACCCGAGGCCACCAUUAGCCGUGAACUGCUUGCCAAGACCCGGCACACGGAGCUGCUGCCCGUGCACAACUGGCUCAGCAAGCUGCAGAGGUUUAAGGUGGUGAUAGAGAUUCUGAAGCCGGAAAAGCCUGAUGCGACAGUGUCUCUGAGGGGCCUGGACUACGUGGACGUGGCUCCUCUGGCCACCAGGGACUACAAGUUAUUGUUCUACUCCUGCAAGGAGGGCCUGGUGCAGACCAAGGUGACGUUCCUCAGCGAGCCCUCGGGCGAGUACCUCUUCUACGUGCUGAGCUUCAGGGCGCCGCGCACCGCGCCGGCGGGGGCGGUGGAGCUCAGCGCCACCGUGCGGCAGACGGCCUCGUCCAGCGUGCGGCUGGAGAACCCCCUGGCCGUGUCCGUCACCCUCAACGCCGAGUGCUCGUGUCCCAACAUCAGCGUGCCCCUGCAGCACACGCUGCCCGGCCUGUCCCAGGGGGAGGUGGUCUUUGAGUUCCAGCCCCUCUUUGCGGGCGUGUCCACAGCGGCGCUCAGCCUCUCCUGCAUUGAGCUGGGCUCCUUCCGCUACGAGCUGGUCCUCAGGGCCCUGGCCGCGCCGCCGGAGCCCCCGAUCCUCUUCCAGGUCCCGCUGGGCGGCCACAACAUGGGCCACGCCAAGUUCACCAACUACUCCCGCAGCAAGGCGGAGUACACCUGCAAGACGGACAAUGAUGACUUCCUGGUGGAGAAGGGCCUGGUCACGCCGCCGGGUUCCCAGGCGGGCUCUGAGGUCCGUGUGGAGCUCUGCUUUGAGCCCCAUCAGCUGGGCGAGGCCAGGGCCCUGCUGAGCGUGUCCUCCCUGCUAGGGGGCGAGUACGUCUUCCCCCUCAGGGGCAUCUGCGUGGGCCCGAGGCCCCAGGGCCCGUUCAGCAUCCGGGCCGGUUCAAGCGUCACCAUCCCCUUCAAGAACGUCUUCCUGCAUCACAGCGCCUUCUCCUACCAGGUAGACAAUCCGUGCUUCACGGUGAAAGGGGCUGAAACCAUCCGGUCUAAAAAGAGCCAGAACAUCCUGGUGACGUUCGAGCCCCCGGCGGCCGGGCCCCAGGGCCGCUGGCAGGGCAAGCUCAACAUCUGCAGCGCCCCCUCAGAGGGCCAGGGGCCACCCCACUGCUGGGUCUUCUACCUGAGGGGCCAUGACCCCGAGGCCACGUAGACGCAGGCACCACGCACGCACACACACGCACACGCACACACACACACACACACACACACACACACACACACACACACACACACACACACACACACACACACACACACACACACACACACACACAGGUCAAACAGAGGCGCACAUAAACACAUGCGCAUAUACCAAUAAAAUAAAUUGUCAACAAAUAGUUUGCACUGUUCUUGCACUACAUUCAGAUGUUUACUAUUUAUACGAGAUAGUCCUUUGUGUCAGACAAAAUGCUUUAUUUUAUUUUUCCUAGCAAUAAAUCUAUUUUUUGUGCACCUGCUGUGUUAUUAAAUCGAAUAUGGACGCAUAACUUAAAGUUGAAAUUCAGAACAGGAACAGCUGUUAUGCAUGUACAUUAUUUAUUGUUAUGUGCCAUCGGCCAUAUGGGAGCUGUCCUAAAUUACACAAUAAAUAGUUUACAAAAAAAACAGGGUGUCUCUCAUUAACAUCAGUAACCACAAGGGGGCAAUCAUGUCCAAUAGUCUCCCUAGCUAGGUCCCCACAGCACUAGAUGGCAAUGUAUUGGUCUUUGCUCCAUGGUUAAUUAGUCAAGGUACCUAACCAGGCAAACCGUCAAUCUGUAUUGUUGACAUAAUUUCAACCAUUAAGAGCUUGUCAAUAGGCCUUAU